AUGACACUAAGCUUCCUUGGAUUGUUUGUGGGGAUUUCAACUCAAUUUUUGUCUACUGAAGAAAGGUUUGAGUAUCGUGGAAAUGCCACUGAAAUGGUGCCGUUUCAAAAUUGUGUUUGUGAUUGUGGCCUUGAAGAUGUCAAGUAUAAUGGUUCGUAUUUUACUUUGAAUAACAAACAAGAGGGGAAAGAUCGUGUUUAUGCUAAGCUGGAUCGGGUUUUGGGAAACAAUGACUGGUUGGAAAAGUUUUCCACAGCAGAAGUCACCUUUCUUCCUGAAAGAGACUUUGAUCAUUCACCAGCCUUCCUUUCAAUUUAUCCAAGACUUCAUGAUAAAAAGAAGCCUUUCAGAUACUUCAAUUAUUGGAGUUCUUUGAGGGAUUUUAGUGAUGUUGUUAAAACUGGUUGGCAAGAGAUUAUUGCAGGGUCACCAAUGUAUAGACUUGUCACCAAACUUAAGCUUCUAAAGUAUGGUUUCAAGGGCUUGAAUCAACAAGGUAGAGGUGAUAUUGGUGUUCAGGAUAUUGAAGCUUAUAAGGCCUUAAUUGAUAUUCAAUUGGCCUUGAGGGUUCAACCUGGUAAUGGUGACUUAAUAGCAAAGGAAAUUCAAGCUAGGAGACACUAUGCCAAGACUCAUAGAAACUAUUUGAAUUUUCUGAGACAAAAAUCUAAGAUAGCCUGGCUCACUUAUGGAGAUGAUAAUACUAAGCUCUUUCAAGCUAGCAUCAAAAAGAGGAGACUCCAAAAUACUAUUUACUCAAUCAAAGAUGCUAAUGGAACUUGGCUUAAUGAGCAGAAUGAAGUUAUCAGAGCUUUCGUGGAUUUCAAUGAAAAUAUGUUGGGGUAA